AUGCAAUGUGUGAUAGCAACGAAUGGAACCGAUGACGGUGAAGACUUCGUACGUGAAUGUCGAAAGAUGCAGCCAUCGGUACCAAUUAUUGUCUAUUGCAUGAAUGUUAGUUAUCAUCGAGAGUGGGCGGCAGCGAUCAGUAGUGGUAGUACGUCGCAAAUCCAAGCCACCGGUAGUGAUGUGUUUCAAUUUAUCAGUAACAUAUUCAGUGAUGAAACGAAACCCAAAAGUUUGUCAUACAGUUCCGUUGAUAAAAACGCAAAGGUAGAUGAUUCCUCGUUAAGUACACUGGAGUCUCUGACCUCAUCGAAUUUGGAUCAUGUGAUAACUCAAAAAGAAAGUUGGAUAGCCACAUUAAAGAUUUGGACUGAUUCACAGGCAAAUUCGAUUGCAUCAAUGAGAAAAGAAAUUGAAAUGAAACUAGUAGAGAUAAAAUCGCAAGUUAAAGAACUAGCAGAAUUGAGAAAAAUGGAAAACAAAUUAGCAGAAAGUGCCGAAAAUACAGAACCAAUAAUACAGAUGCAGAAACAACCGAAGAUUCAAAAACAAAAUGAACGAAUCACUUUUUUGCAAAAGAGAAUCGAAGAUCAAAAAGCACAAAUUGAAGUUUGGUUUAAAAUUCUCCAACAGAUACAACAAGUAUCAAUACAUAAACCAAUUAACGCCUUCGAUACUGCGCCAUGUGACUUACAACAGAGAUUACGAAAUCCACCUGAAGAACCCGGAAGUCCAGCACUAAUUAACUUUCCUCAAACCAGUGACAGUUCAGUUAGACCAGGACAACCUCUUCUAUCUGCAACAGAAGGUCCAAGUCGGAACGUCACGUUUGCAGUAAUAGGACAGCAGAGAGGACAGGGUGUUAUUGAGCCCGUUGUUCCUAGUCCGUUUGAUAUUAGUAGCUACGACGCUAAUGAAAGUAAGUACACUCAACAAACUCGGUUCCAUAAGCUUGCAAGGCAACCUGUU